AAAUAGUUUGAAUAUUUUUGUUUUGAUUGCUGAUCUUGAAAAAAUUGGAUUGAUUGAUCAAGAUAUUGGUAUCUAAAAAAAAUACUGCAUAAUUUAUCUUUAUUGAUAUCUAUUUCAUUGUAUUUUCGCAAUAAGAUGGUAAUUUUUACAGAUUCAGUGGAUUUAGAACUUGAAACUAAAUGCGAGAAUGCGUUGAACUUAGUCGCAGAAUCACGGAAACGCUUUGGCAAGCUAUGCGUUGAAUACGAUCAAAAAAUGCUGUUGAUGGAAAACAAACUAUUAAAUUUACAAGUAGAGACGGUAUCAAACUACCGUUUCAAACCUAAAAACACUAUUCCUAACAUAGACGAAGACUGUACUAAAGAUUUGGACGAUUUAUUUGUCGAAAUUAGCGAAAAAGAACAACGGUUGCAGGAUGUUAUGAGAAAAUUGAAAAACACACAUGAAGUUAUCAUGCAAUUGGAUGCUGAUGUCAUUGGAAAGAAGUUACGCGCUCCUCUGAAUGCCGAUACAAUGUUGGCGCAAGCUAAAGCUAGUAAACUUUUAAAACCAUAGCCUAUAAUUUUUUUUUUGUGAAUGGUAAUCUGAUUAUUCAGCCUUGUACUAAUAUGCUUUUGGAUAUUCAAACUCUAUACAGUAAAUAGCUCUUGAACAUCAUAAUCAGUCUUAGCGCUCACUGCUAAGCCUUUCAAAUUGGACCAGUAGUUUCAGAGAUUAGAGCGUGCAAACAAACCAACUCUACAGCUUUAUAUAAUAGUAUAAGUCCAGGUUUAAUCAUAAUGUUUUAUUUCUUUGUAUGUCAUUGUCAGUGAUCUUAUACUAUUAUAUAAAGCGGAAGAGUUUGUUUGAAUGUGCUAAGCUCCGCAACCACAGGUCUGAUUUGAAUAAUUCUUUUUGUGUUGGAUAGCGCAUUUAUUGAGGAUGGCUAUAGGCUAUAAAAUAUCACGCUACGACCACCCCAUUUGACCAACAAAAAUCCAUUUUGAGUCAUUUAUUUUCAAGUUAUAAAUGGUUAGAUCAUGAACUAGGAAAAGUGGUGGAAGAAAUUAUCAAUAUGUAGAUUCUAAUAUAGUUAUAGAAUUUAAUGUUUAAUAGUAUGAUAUGAAUGAAUUAAUAAAUAUUUUUUAAAU